AUGGAUGCUAUGGAACUUGCCAGAAGGUUGCAAGAGGAGGCCACAUGUUCCAUCUGUCUCGACUACUUCACUGAUCCUGUGAUGACUGCCUGUGGCCACAACUUCUGCAGAGAAUGCAUCCAGAUGAGCUGGGAUAAGGGGAAGGCCAAGAAAGGGAAGAGGAAGCAGAAGGGCUCCUUCCCUUGCCCCGAGUGCAGGGAGAUGUCCCCUCAGAGGAACCUGAGGCCCAACCGCCUGCUCACAAAGGUGGCUGAGAUGGCCCGCCAGCACCCCGGGCUACAGAAGCAAGACCUGUGUCAACUCCACCAAGAGCCCCUCAAGCUGUUCUGCCAGGAUGACCAGAGCCCCAUUUGUGUGGUCUGCAGGGAGGCCCAGGAGCACCGGACGCACAGGGUGUUGCCUGUGGAUGAGGCUGCGAAGGAGUAUAAGCUGAAGUUGGAGGAGGACAUAACGUAUCUUCGGGGGGAGAUGAUGAAGACAGAGACACUUCGUGUCAAGGAGGAACAGAGCUUAACUGAGUGGCAGGAGAGAGUGAAAGAGCGGAGAGAGCGUAUCUUGGAGGAGUUCCAGAAGGUGGUCCUGUUCCUGGUGGAGGAGGAGCGCAGAGUCCUCCAGGUCCUGAAGGAGGAGGAAGAGUGCACCUUAGGGAGGCUGCAGGACAGCAAGACCUGCCUGGAUCGCCAAAGCCGCUCCCUGGACCUGCUCCUGAUGCAGCUGGAGGAGCGGAGCCAGCAGGAGCCCCUCCAGAUGCUGCAGGAUGUGAAGAACAUCUUGAUCAGGAAGGAGAACCUCAGCAUGCAGUACCCAGAGGUGUCCCUCCCCGUGGCUAUCAGGACCAUAUGCAGAGUUCCAGGACAGAUAGAGGUACUCAAAAGUUUCCAAGAAGAUGUGGUGCCGGACCCCAGCUCGGCAUACCCUUAUCUCCUCCUGUACGAGAGCCGCCAGAGGCGGUACCUGAGCCCACCGCUAGAGAGCAGCCCGCCGUACAACAAGGAACGGUUCCUGGCCUACCCCUGCGCGGUGGGGCAGAAGAGCUUUUCCUCUGGAAGGCAUUACUGGGAAGUGGGCAUGAAUCUCACCGGGGAUGCACUCUGGGCCUUGGGCGUGUGCAGGGACAACGUGAGCCGGAAGGACAAGGUGCCCAAGUGCCCGGAAAAUGGUUUCUGGGUAGUGCAGCUGUCCAAGGGGAAGAAGCACUUGCCGCUGUUACCCCACACCACCACUCCAGUCACGCUGGUCGAACCUCCCAGCCACAUGGGCAUCUUCCUGGACUUCCAGGCUGGGGAGGUGUCCUUCUACAGUGUGAAUGAUGGCUCCCACUUGCACAGCUUCUCCCAGGCUUCCUUCCCUGGGCCACUGCUGCCGUUUUUCUGCCUGGGGUCUCCAAAGUCGGGUCAAAUGGUUAUCUCCACAGUGACCAUGUGGGUGAAAGGAUAGAGGCUUGGGGCCGGGCACAGACUCUGAACGUGCCCUGGUUCCCCGGAAGGCAGGGUGCUUCACCACCGUGGCUACCUACCCAGGCUUCUUCUGGGGGCGCUAAGAUUCAAUUACCUGUGCUGGCAGGACAACCAACCGAAAUUCAACCACGAUUAAAAUGCUCAA